GUCCUCUUUCUUCAAUAUGGAAAGAAUGGGUCAAAUGGUGUGUAGACUUUGGUAUUGAAGCUAAUGCUAUCAUCGCUGUUCCAUACGAUUGGAGGCUACCCCCAUCGAUGCUUGAGGAGAGGGAUCUGUACUUUCAUAAAUUAAAAUUAACUUUUGAAAUUGCAUUGAAACUUCGAGGAGGGCCAUCUUUGGUUUUUGCUCAUUCCAUGGGAAACAAUGUAUUCCGGUACUUUUUGGAAUGGUUGAAACUGGAAAUUGCCCCAAAGCACUAUAUCCAAUGGCUCGACAAACAUAUACAUGCAUACUUUGCAGUUGGUGCCCCUCUUCUCGGAUCUACUGAAUCAGUCAGAGCCACUCUCUCUGGGACAACGUCUGGACUUCCAAUCACUGAGGGGACAGCCCGAUUGAUGUUCAAUUCAUUUGCUGCUUCUUUAUGGCUCUUGCCAUUCUCAAAAUACUGCAAAGCUGAUAAUGUAUACUGGAAGCAUUUUUUUGAGGGAAAGGCCCACAUCAACAGACAACAAUGCGAUGAGAUGGAGUAUAGUUCUGACAACUCUGGAUGGCCCACAACCCUCGUCACUAUCGAGGUUCCUACAGUUCGAGGUACGGAUGCUUAUCCAUCCAUUAUGGACAUAACAGAGGACAUAACAUCCAACAUGGAGUGUGGAAAGCCAACACUAUUAUCAUUUUCUGCCAGAGAAGUUUCAGAUGGUACUUUGUUCAAAACUAUGCUGGAUUAUGACCCACAGAGCAAAGCCCUUAUCCAUCAGCUGGAGAAGUACUACCAGGGUGACCCAGUUCUCAAUCCUCUCACGCCCUGGGAGAGACCCCCAAUAAAGAAUGUAUUCUGCAUAUAUGGCAUUGAUACAAAGACUGAGGUAGGAUACUAUUUUGCACCAAGUGGCAAACCAUAUCCAGAUAAUUGGAUAAUAACUGAUGUGAUUUAUGAGUUUGAACAGUCCCUACUGUCAAG